AGCACAUUAAUUUGUUGAUAUAGAGAAAUAUCGUUGCUUAUACAUUUUCAUUUACAGUACAUCAGUUUACAAAAGUUAUGUCAUCAGCGAUGUAUAAUGUUGGAAACACUUUCUGGAAGAGCGCUUUCUGGAAAUCGAUAAUAUAAAUGUUGAAUAGGUUAGCGCACUGUAGAAAUCAUUCCUAGCAGAGUGUAAUAUGUUGUAACACUUGCCUAUGAAUAUUUUUUUGGUAAAGAGUAUAAGUCUGAGACCGAAAUUACCAUAUUUAAAGUAUAAGUACUAUAAUGGAUCGUGGCAAGGCAGGAAUUGGGAGAGGUGCAAAAAAUAAGAUCGCUCAACAUCCUUCUGACUUGUUUGCUCUUGGUUCCAAAGGCUCACGUAAUGAAAGUUCCGAUGUUAAAAGACCAGGUGUUAUUCAUCCUAAACCAAGUAGUAGUUCUUCAACUUCUGGUAAUGAGAGAAAAAAAGAAGCACCAUCGGGAUCACUUCAAUCUUUUCAAUAUAUUCCACAAAAGAAACCUAAGCUUCCGACGCAUGUUACUCAUCAACGACCACCUUUCUCCAGUGCUGAGGCUUGGGAACUGGUAGCCAUAGAUAGUGACCCAGCUGAUUUUGUUCCAAUGGUUUUGGAAGCCAAUGAUAAUGACGAGGGUGAUAAAGUUAUAGGCAUUAUUUGCGGUGCCAUCAAAACCCUUAAGAAUCAAAAAUGGAAGCCCGAUGCAUUGGUUUAUAUGGGAUUAUUAUACUUAGCAAAAAUUCGUCCAUCUAUUUUUUCAAACGAUUGUAUAUUACAUGCACUCUCGUCAUUGCUGAAAAGAGAUCAAGCAUAUAAUUAUAAAGCCAAAGGAAACCCAUUGGUUCCUGUACUCGCAGCUAAUUUAUUAAUGAAAGGAUUUCAUGACAAGAGAAAUUGGCCCGAAAUUUUUGUAAAGCUGUACAUUGAGGAUGCUUUAGGUGAGAGAGUAUGGGUCGAUCACGAAGAAUGCAAAGGUUUUGUCGAUAAUAUUUUAACGGGAUUUAACACGCGUCAUCCACCGAAAAGUGUUUUACAGCCAGAACUGUCUGUUCUGACACCACGCGAUUGUCACAGUCCAUCUACCGUGGACGACGAAGAUCCUGGCUCUUCGUCCGUGCAGUUUCCUGGAGAUAAAGAAAAAAUCGAAUUCCCUGUGACUCCUAGAUACACUCAUUGUACAGAGAAUAUAGAAUUUAUUGUACUCGAGGCUAUAAAAGAGCAGUUAAAUAGGCGGCAACCAGAGUCAAUUACUAAGAAUUUUUUAAGGCUACUGUCUGCGGCUUGUGGUCUUGUAGAAAUCAGAAAUAUUGCUGUACCGCGAUUAGAAAUGCUGCACAAUCCUAAACUGAUGAGACCUGCUCAAGAAUUGCUAAGCUACAUUUGCUACAAUUGCACUUCUCAUACACAAAGGGAUGUCGAAGUUAUAAGUCAAUUAGUGAAGAUGAGAUUAAAAACUAAAGCCGUGAUCAAUCUGUAUCUGAAUGGUGUGAAGGAGCUUAUCGGAUUGCAUCCCGAAAACCUCUCCACUAUUUUGAAGCAUACGAUUUAUAAUGAAUUGUCGAACGCACGAAAUCCAAACAAUAUGCCCAUGCUAGGCGUGAUGUUCCAAACUUUACCGGAACAAUCCGCCAAAUUACUCGCAGAAAUAUUUCAAGACUUACUAAUGAACCGUGAAGAUUAUCUCAGACCCCUCCGUGCCUUGCUCCGAGAGAUAGUACGCGUAUGCCGCCACGACAUUAAUUUAAUUACUUUUGCGCGUACAUUGAUGGCCGAAAGACAAGAUAUCGCGCAACAGUUACUAAAUUUUGAAUUCAAAGAGCGAGUAUUCAUCUCUAUUGCAGAUCUAUUAUGCCUGUGUAUGCUAUUAGCCAUCAGUCCACAAGUUAAGGAGGCUGCUGCUCUGGCGCAAAGAGGCGAUAAAAAGGACAUAAGCGUGUUACAUCAAUUUCAGAACAUGGUAGCGACAAUACAGUUUGAAACAGUAUUGUGGUUACAAAAUUUAGCACCGCAAAUGUACGGCAUCGGUAAAAAUGAACUCCUCCAUGCUUUGCAUAAAAUUCUAAUGCUCGAAUCUCCGGAGCAGUAUUACAAACUGGACAAUUGGCCUCCUGAGUCGGACAGAGUAUUUUAUUUACGUCUUGUUUCUGAUGUUCCUCUGUUGCAGAGCACGCUGUUGAGGCUGUUAUUAAUUGGUUACUCAAAAGAUAACGGUAUUACUCAUUCGGAAACGUUAGAUUUGGUGGAUCAGUUAAUAAGACGAGCGGCGGCCAAUUCGACGGAAAGCUUCCCGACCUUACAGGCGGAUAAAUUAGACAUAAUUGAACUUAUUUUCAAUCUCUGCAUCUAUCAGCCACCUGGAACUAUAAACAUACCAUCUAGUUAUGUACCACCGACUUUGGCGAUAUCAAAUCUUUAUUGGAAAGGAUGGAUAAUGUUAUUAAUACUAGCUGCUCACAAUCCGUCUGCCAUUGGUGCUGUCGCGUGGAAGCGAUAUCCUAUUUUACGAACUCUUAUGGAAAUGUGUAUUACCAACCACUUCUCGUACCCUCCGCCGACGAUGGCGUUACCAGAGAUCAUAGAACAAGAACGUUCAAAAGAAUUGCAAGUCGAAGCUAUCGAGAAACAAGAAAUACUCGAAUACGAGUCACACUUAGCCGCUGCAUCGACAAGGAUACAAAUAUCCGAACAGAACAGUUUGUUGUUGUCGCAAUUAAUCACUAUGGAACCGACCGGUAUCGCUAGAAGGCCGCCUCCAGCGGUGUUGGAACAAAUACAAUCGUUAAACGUGUCCCAUAGAUUGGGGCACUUAUUAUGUCGGUCUCGGAAACCAGACUUCUUGUUAGAUAUAAUACAAAGGCAGCAGCAAAGUUCGUCUCAAAGUAUGCCUUGGUUGGCGGAUCUUGUACAAAAUAGCGAAGGAUCUCUUAGUCAAUUACCUGUACAAUGUCUUUGUGAAUUUUUAUUAUCCACCAGUACUCAGGCGGUGGAGAAGCAACCUAGACAACAACAAUUGCUAGCACAUUUGCAAAUGUUGUUAACCGAUCCUGACCAAGAUCGACAACAUGCUUACGAGGUGUUGGAAUACUUCUUAAGAAGACUGAGUAGCCAGCAAACUAAUAGUCGUCUUCAAGCGAUUACUGGCCUAAAAAUGGUUCUUGGAUCGAUACCCACUGACGAAGAACCUAUGGAUAUAGACGGAGAAAACGAGAAAGAAGUUUGGCUUAUUCGUAAGCUACCGACCAUACCUCAUUUCUUAUCGGUACGAUCUUUGGUUUCUACUGCUCUUCGUGGUGCAUGCCAAGUCGAGAACAAUCCGGAUCUCGUACACGCUUACAUAUCAUACCUCGCUGCUCAUACCACCGAUGACGAGCUACCGGAAUUGACCGAUCUGGCCAAUGAGAUAUCUCAGCUAGUGGUCGAGCGGAGCACGAUUAUAGCAGCGAUUUUACCACAAUCGGACUGCGACAAUCCGCAAGCCAAGCAAACUUUACACGCCUUUAUGGCGAUUUUUUGCAAUUACUUGGAGAAAGCUCGAUCCCCAAGAGGGGAAGAAUACACAUGGUCCGAGAGUCAAGAUCAGAUAUUGGUACAGUGGAGUACAGGCGAAGAGUGCACUAUGCACAUUCUAGUUGUUCACGCUAUGAUUAUUCUUUUAACGUACGACUCGUCCGACGAUGAUGUGCUGUUUAACGUUCUGCUUGAAACGUGGUUUCCGUUGAAUGCAGAACCACCGAAAGCUUUUCUGGUUGAUACCAGCGAGGAAGCUUUACUCAUACCGGAUUGGUUGAAAUUAAGAAUGAUCAGGAGCAACGUGCCACGAUUAGUGGACGCAGCUCUCAAAGACCUGGAACCGCAACAGUUGGUUCUUUUUAUACAGAGCUUCGGUAUUCCUGUACCCUCGAUGAGCAAAUUACUUCAUACUUUGGAUGCUGGGGUGCAAAUCGAUCCGGAUUCGGUCGGCGAAGCGGUGCUUGAUAAGACUUACAUGGCGCAAUUGGUUGAAGUUCAACAUAGAAGAGGAGCUACGGGAGGGCUAGUUUUCGUGCAAGUUUUAGAACUGAUGGAGCCACAGUUACCGGAUGAAAAUCCUGUGACUAUCGGACAACUACAGGAACCGUUACCACCUAGUGCAAUGGUUCAAAAACAAUCUGUCAUACAAUGUUCCGUUAAAACGGACGUUCCUCAUUUGAUCAACAGAUUAUUCAUCGAAAAUAUACCGAUGAAUCAAAAGAUGGACGCGUAUCGUCGAUUGCACAAAACUCUGGCGAAAGACUUGCAGAAAUCUGCGAAAGAAAGUGGCGCUGUUGUAUUAGCGAUACAACACAUAUGUAGCGUUUUGAGCUCGAUGCAAGUGAAACAAUUUUUAGCAUCGCUCGUUCACAUGCCGCAGUAUUCAUGCACCCUGAUGCGGAUAAUAUUGUUACCUCUGAAGAAGUCAUCCACCUCGAAACAGGUGGUUGAAUUGGCACGUAAUAUGUGUUUAAACUUGAUACAAUUGAUAGGCGAUGUCAAAGCACCAAUCCUUUCGAUUUUAAGAGACUUUGCAAACGUGCAAUUGACAAAAACGCCAAAGAGCAUGGAGUUGACGAUGUUAAUGCAAAAUCGAGACCCUGGAUCUAUCUUGGAAAGUACAGAUCCUGUUACUCUAGAACCAGUAGGUCGCAAGUUGUUAGACAUUUGUCAUAAGCAGCAAAAGAACGAUAUCCUUAUAGAAGCAAUGGCACGACUGUUGGUGAAUGAUAGUAAUGAAGGCGUUCGAAAACCACGAACAGGCUUGCUGAUAGACUGGUUAGCUUCUGUAGAACCGGAAUUAAUCGGCACAUGCCCCAAUCUACAAAUGAAACUUCUGUUCGGAAAAACGAAGAUACAAAUGAUGGUCGACAAUAAUGUCGUGAGCUCGCACUCAUUUAGGCCCUAUUUGUUGACUUUAUUAACGCACAGGGCAAGUUGGGCAACCUUGUAUAAAUGUGUUGGGCAUCUGUUAGAUAAAUGCGACGAUGGAUACGAUCCAACUGCUGUUAUAGAUUUUUUGUGGGCGUUAACAUGCAAUCCAAAACUUUGGCAAGGCAGAGACAAAUUCACACCGAAACAUUACGUCCCAGAAAAUAUUUUACUUUUGUAUGAAAAACAGUUAUUGACGCUUGUGGCAUAUAUAGUCGCGGAGGCUGUUAUCAUAUGCAAUUGUCAAAGCAGAAACACCGCACUCGCUCGUAUGGAUUCUCGUCUUGACUUAUUAUUACAUUGCGUGUCUACGGAUGAUCGUUUGGUAUCCAGCGUCGUACGAUAUUUGGCUGAUCGUAUGAUGAAUGAUUCAGACGUGGAUUCUGAUAUGGUACACCAGUUUUUAUUACACAUGUAUAUGAAGAUACCAAAAGUGAUCUGUUAUUUAGACACUUUCCAAACUAAAAAAUUUGUUGGAGGAGCAAAAAUUACAGAAUGGACGGGAUCCGUGUUAGAUUGUAUGAGCCAUUCUUUAUUAACGGCUUUAGCAGCGACGCCAAGACAAAAAUCGUGGAACUCCAAGUCUCAGGAUUUUGAGUUAUGCGCCAGAAAAAUGGCUGCUGUACAUCCAAUAUUAGUGUUACGGCAACUUCCGAUGUUAGCGUCGUCGUUGAUGGGAAGAUGUUAUUUGGAGUUCAGUCAAUUUCGAUCGGGGCAUCAUUUAAAUCUUUUUGUACAAGUAAUGGGACUGUUGGAGUUGUUACAGCCACAUUUGUUUAGCGAGGAGCAUCAAGCUGCUUUGGAAGACACAUUAGAAAAUUACUUUCAAUGUUUCCAGAAUUAUGGACCGAUAAAAGAUCUUAUACCGCUCUUAAAUAGAUUCAUUACAUUACUGCAAGCGUAUAUUUCUUAUGAUCCGCAACGGGCAUUAAAGUAUUUGCAAAAACAUGCUCAAAUCCUUCAUGAAUUGCAGAUGCACUAUCCAAAUCUAGUUACACUGAGAUCACUUGUAUCAGGCAUUCCAAUGCCAAGAGAAGGUGAGGAUGUAGAAGAAGUUUUAAUUACUGUACCACCUACCCCACCUCCUUCAGAAUCCAUUAUUCCACAGCAUUGGCCGUCGUUGUUAACUACUUUAUCCAAGCUGCAAGGUGAAGACGUGUUUAGUUCUCUUCAGGAAAUAGAACAUCUAUCAUCUCGAAAACCCUCAGUUUUGGAAUCCAUAACAGACAAUAUAGCAGAAUUACUUGUAUCCCCACAAAGUAAUAUAAGGUCUCUUGCUCAUGUUCUAUUAGCGAGGGCACUGAAGCAUCGUCCUGCAUCGAAUGCAAAUAUAUUAUCUGCAUUCCAAAGGUGCCUGGACAGUCCUAGAGCCGAUAUUCUAAUGUCGGCUUUAGAAAAAUUGCCGGACAUCGUAUUGUGUAUGCAAGAGCAUGCUUUACCAUUGAUGCAAAAAGUGUUUGAAUUAGGGGUAAAUUCCAAUGUGAAUACUACACCAUAUAUAAAUAGAACCAUUGCUCUGUUAAAUACACAGCAAGGUUGUUAA